AUGAACACUAACCAUGAAAGAAGAUAAAUAGAAGAUAUUAUUCGUUAGGUUAAAGGUCCUUAUUAGCCAUUUUACAAGAAAAUUAAACUUAAAUAUUUAGUACAAAUUUUGUAAGAGAUUUGGGAAGAAGAUGAGGACUAUUGA